AUGCGUCUGGUAAUUUCUCUAGCGGCACUGAGCCUCUUUGGCUCUUCCCUUGCUACCGGCGAGACCCAAAACGCAUUGUCUUCUUGCGAGCCUGUUACUAAGACUGUCACCGUCUCAUUCUGCCAGAGCGAGACUGCUUCUUCCUCUGCGCUCGCCCCGGCUGCCGCGGAGUCGUUCUCAACCAUCACCAGCUACUCUACUCUGACCAACUAUGUGACUGUGACUCCUUCGCAGUCUUCCGUUGGCUCUGGUACUUCUGGUUCGGGCUAUUCUUACAUUGCUCAAGAUGGCACGACCAGCUGGAUCAACGGUGCUUCUCCUACUGGCAGCUUCAGUGAGACCCUAACCCAGACUGUCGAGGUGACCGUCUUCCCUGCUCCCAGCGAUGAUCCCGAGGUCACUAUCACCCAAACCACGGUUCUUACCAUCACGCCCCCUGCUGUCACUUCCUUCGUGCCACAAUCUUCCAGUGCCUUGGCUGGUAUUUCAGACGAAGACACCACAACCUCGACUGUGACUUCUUACUUUACCAAGAGUGUCAUCUCGGUCUUGACUGUUUACCUGUCGUCAAAGAGCUCUAAGUCUGUUGCUCUUAUGACUUCAUCACACUCAAUCCAUACAGUGACUGGACCUCCAACCUCUACUACCAUCACUGUCGAAUUGGCAAGCACCUCAGAAUCAGUCUGCUCUGUCAGCUAUGUCGAUGUGACCACCGAUCUUACCUACACUGUCUUUGCUACCCCAUCCGCCGGCCUCACCUCCGCCAUCAACAGUGUUGGCAAUCUGAGUUCUCUCGCUUGGCCUGCCUCUGCUUGGAAUGGUACUCUUACUGGCUCUACCAAGCCAUCUGGCGUGUCUGGUGCUGUUACAGCUCUGACUGGUUCGCUGGUGUCUUCUUAUUCCGUUGGAGCUGCCUCUCAAAAGAGCGCCGCUGUUACCUCGUCAAUCGUCCCAUCAUCAGCCGACCGUCAUGGCAUGAACGCCAGCUCAACUAUGGCCUCGGCUACUGGAUACCUCCCUUUCGUUCCAGUCCCCGCAUACUCGCGUACCUCAUCAACCUUGACCAAGGUUUACAGCAACACUUCGAGCGCUCUGCCGGCCCCGACCGUGUGUGGUGAACAUGGCGACUUCACCUUGACUGUGACCCAACUUCUUGUCUACAGACNNCCCAUCACUGAGCCUAGUCAAGCCUCGCCUGUCACCGACCCAUACCACCACAUGCACUUCUCGGAUGGCUUUGUUUACGCUCCACCCCCAUCUCUGUCCUUCCUGCCUGUCUCGCCUCCUCACCUUGUCAUGUUCGUUGCCAACGAGACUAGCGACAACAACAAUCACAAUGAGGGUGGACGACUUGCUGGUGAGAUUGGUGCCGGCAUACGCAGAAGCUCAAGCGCAUUCUGGUUCAAUGCUUACCACGCUUAUCUCGGAUGCGACAAUCAUUCUGCUCAUCAAUGCAAGCUCCAGAUUACAGGCCUCGUCUAUCAAGAAGAGACCAAAUCCGAGGUGGCAGCAUUCCAUCAGACUGUGUCCCUUCUUCCCUGCCUUCUGCCCGAAAAGUGCGAGCUCAAGCAGGUCCACUUUGACUCGUCCAUGAAGGCACUGAGCAGUCUUCGUAUCCAAGCUUCUGCCAACGAUGAACCUGUUUCUUGGUUCAUGGACAACCUCGCCCUCGGAUGGUCCAACAACACUUGUGCCGCUGGUUUGCUCAGAGAGAAGCCA